CCCCUUUGUUCCCCGUUUAGUCAUCUCUCGCCUAAAACCAUUAAAAGAGGAGCCGCCACUUCUCCGUUAGCCUUGCAUUCCUAAAAUUCCAUGAUGUGAUGUCAGAAGGGCCGGGACAUAGGCUACGUAUCUGAACCUAUGCGCUGGUCUUGGCUGCUCCAGAGUCGUCGAGUCGACGUUAUAUCACAAAACCCAGGGUCUAAGGGAAAGUCGAACACCUACUUUUUUAUUCUUGGCACAACUUGUAUAACUAUGCCGAAUGUUGUUUUGCUUUUGGGGCACAUGAACUUCACUCAGUUGAAGACUAGGAUAUAGCCUACGACUCGCAUCUUGAGGGGUAAAGUUCCUUUGGAGUUUUUUUCUUUCUUCUCCUUUUCGACAGAUUUUGUGUAUUCUGGAAUAAAAUACUCAAUUUUAACAGUUUCGGACAGAAUGUUGACAAAUGGAAAUGGAGAUUAAAACAAUUUUGAGGAUUAACUCAAUUUUGCGGAUUUGAGGAGGCCGUUCCACUCCGUCGAGCUCACAGAAUUUCCUCAGCGCAGACACAACUUCGGCAUGUAGCAAAGGAAAUACGCGUCCAGUGAUCCUCCUCCUCAUCCACCUCUCCUCUUUCUCCUCUUCCGGACGUCUCAGGGAAUGGGCCAGCGCCUUCCCAGAGAGCACUGCUUCACCCUGGGGUGUGGCUGCCACGCGAGGGUGGGAAGAGCAGCAUCAACGUCCUAAAGCCCUGCUCCCCUCAUUCUCUUGUGACCUUUCACCUCUCACCCCACCGUGACCUCUGAGCCAUGCCGUUCAGGCUGAUGCUGCGUCGGACACGGCGCUACAACGUGCUAAGCAAGAACUACUUUGUGACGCGGAUUCGUCUGCUGGACAACAACGUGAUCGAGUGUACUCUGUCUGUGGAGAGUACGGGGCAGGAAUGUCUGGAGGCAGUGGCCCAGAGACUUGAACUACGAGAGACCCAUUAUUUUGGCCUGUGGUUCCAGGGGAAGGCCCAGCCCCAGUCCCAGCGCUGGGUAGAGCUGGAGAAGCCUCUGAAGAAACAGCUGGAUAAGUUUGGCAACGAGCCACUGCUCUUCUUCGGGGUCAUGUUCUACGUCCCCAAUGUGUCACGCCUUGAGCAGGAGGUCACCAGGUAUCAGUACUACCUGCAGGUGAAGAAGGAGGUGCUGGAUGGACGUCUCCACUGUACUGUAGAGCAGGGCAUCAGACUAGCAGGCCUAGCAGUGCAAGCUGAUUUUGGGGAUUUCACACAGUUCCUGUCUCAGGACUUCCUCAGGGAGUAUGUGCUCUUCCCAGUGAACUGGCCUCAUGUAGAUGAGAUGUUGGAGGAGUGGACUCAGAAGGUGGCAGAGGAACAUAAGAGUCACUGUCGAAUGCAGCUUGCAGAAGCAGAGUUGCUCUAUAUCAAGGAGGUAGAGAAGCUGGAUGGUUUUGGACAGGAGAGCUUUGCUGCUAAGGACAUCUACACCAAUGACAUCUUCCUUGGUGUGUCCUUCAUCGGAGUCUUCGUCAAACACAGGAACGGCAGGUCCAUCAUGCACCACAGAUGGAAAGACAUUGGUAACAUAGCGCACAACAAGUCGGCCAUCACAGUAGAGAUAACCAGUAAAGACGACACCAUCACGUUUCACACGGAUGACAUAGAGCUGUCCAAGUACAUCGCUCGGCUCUUCACGGCCAGACACAAGUUCUACAAACAGAACAAGAUCUGUGCAGAACCCGCCCACUCCCCUGCACCUAUCAGGAGGCGCCCCACCUGGAACCCCCGCCUCUCUCUGCCACGGCCCCAGUCCUGUAUCCUCCAACCAUUGCACUCCCAGUAUGCAGAGCAUUACCAGGACACACAGAGCUCUCAAGACAGCAUAUUCCAUGACGACCCCUACUACAAGUCUGAGACCAGUCUGGACCGGUGUCCGGUCGAAUUCGGCUUCCGCAAUGGAACUGUUCCCAACGGCAGCAUGUACAGUAGCCCCAGCCUCAGCUCCCUUAACCACUCCCAAACCUUUGUACAACCUUCGCCCAUCUCCUCUAACCUCAGUAUCCCUGGCAGCGAGCUGAUGCGCCCUGACUACAUCCCUAGUCAUCGCCAUAGUGCCAUCAUCGCCCCUUCCUAUAGGCCCACGCCAGAGUACGAAGCUGUGAUGCGCCAGAAGUGCCACAUGCUCCCCGCCCACCAUGACCUUCACAGCCAAUCACUGAGGAGUCUCAAUAUUAGUAAUGCCUACGCAUAUCGUCAGCCAGAGGCGUUGGUUUAUAGCCAGCCAGAGAUGAGAGAGAGGAGCCCCUAUCCAGGACCAAACCCUUACGCCCCACAGGUCAGCUACAGUAAGCCAGUGAACCCUGCUCCUCACCUGGGCCCCGGAGCCAGUCAGGGCCCCUGUCAGUCUGCAUGUGGAGGAGGAGGAGGGGGUGGGAGCUCCAUCUCUCACACGGUCAGCACGCCUGAACUAGCCAACACCAAACAGGGGGCUACUACAGGGAGCUACGGCGCUACGGCUAACAUGCUGAGGAACCACAUGUCGCGGCCGCCCCCUCCCUACCCGUCCUUCCGACCCGCCACAAGUACCCCGGACCUGGCCAGCCACCGGCACCGCUGCAUGGGCGGCAGCAGCCCUGAGCUGGUCACCCGCAUGGUGCAGCUGUCUGUGAAGACCUUCCAGCCGGACAGCUGUGCCGUGGUGCACCAGUCUCUGCAGGAGGUUAGCGAACCGCUAACGGCGGCUAAGCACCGAUCAGCCCUGGGGAAGAGACACAGCAUGGAAGUGACCAGCAGCAUGAGGGGGGGAGGAGGGGGAGGUAUGGAGGGCAUGGUGGUUCUGAAGGGGAUGGCUGCCCCACUAAACAGGAGGAAUACUCUCAGAGAGCAUGUGAUGCCACCCCAACCUCAGACCCAGCCUCAACUACAACCACCCCAACCCCAAUCUCCACACCAGCCCAAAGAGCUGCCCGUGCAGAGAGCCCCAGAGGCCCCCAUCCCGUCCUCCACGGCGCAGGGGGUGGGCGCAGCCUACCAGCACCAGAAGACACUCUCCAACGCUACCAUGCUGAUCCACAGCAGUGAGAGCGAGGAAGAGGAGGAGGAGGAAGAGGAGAGGCCUGAGCUGGACGUUCAGAUCCCAGGUCUGAAUGAGGACAUUAAUGCCCAGCUCCAGGCCGCCCUUGCCAAGCUCCCCAACAAGCCCCCUCCGGAGUACCCCGGCCCCCAUAGACCAGCCACCAGCGCCCCCCUCCGCUCCCGCGAUCACAGCCACCCUCACCACCACAACCAGGGACACCAGACCCAGGGAACCAAGGACCCAAGCCAAGCCCAGGCCCGGGUGCUGAAAGCUGGGCAGAGUCAAGGCGGUGUAGGGGGUGGUGGUGGUGGUACCCUGACCCGUGGGGAUCAGGCUGGGAUGAAUGGGGCAGUUCUGGGGCCGUCAAUCUCUGAACCAGACCUGACCAGUGUGAAGGAGAGGGUCCGGAAGGAGCCAGUCAAAGAGAGGCCAGUGUCUGAGAUGUUCUCUCUUGAGGAUAGCAUAGUGGAGAGAGAGAUUGCACAGAGGACGCUGGAGAGACAGAAGAUGUCGGUGGACUCCAUGAAGAGACCUCUGAUGAUGGCGGCCCUCAACGGGCUCUAUGUAGCCAGGGUGCCUGUACCAGAGAACCCCCGGGAGGAUGGGUCCAAGGCUGCUGAUGAACGGUGUAAGACCCUAGAGUUUAAGUUGGAGGAGGAGAGGGUCUUCACGGAGUACGAGCAGAUUCCGAAGAAGAGGGCCGACUGCGUGGUCACCACGGCAACGCUGGCCGACAACGGCGAGCGGAACCGGUUCCGUGACGUGGUUCCGUACGAGGAGAACCGGGUGGAGCUGGUUCCCAACAAGGAGAACAACACAGGCUACAUCAAUGCUUCACACAUCAAGGUGAUGAUCAGUGGGGAGGAAUGGCACUAUAUCGCCACCCAUGGACCACUGGCCAACACCUGUGCAGACUUCUGGCAGAUGGUCUGGGAGCAGGGAGUCAACGUCAUCGCCAUGGUUACUGCCGAGGAGGAGGGUGGUAGGUCUAAGAGCCACCGCUACUGGCCCAAGCUGGGCUCCAAGCACAACUCAGCCACCCACGGCAAAUUCAAGGUGACCACCAAGUUCCGUACGGACUCAGGCUGCUACGCCACCACAGGGUUAAAGGUCAAACACCUGCUGUCGGGCCAGGAGCGCACUGUGUGGCAUCUGCAGUACACAGACUGGCCAGACCACGGCUGCCCCGAAUACGUCCAGGGAUUCCUCUCUUACCUGGAGGAGAUCCAGUCAGUGAGGAGACACACUAACAGCAUGCUGGACACCUCCAAGAGCCUCAACCCCCCUGUGGUGGUCCACUGUAGCGCUGGGGUGGGCCGCACCGGGGUCGUCAUCCUCACCGAACUAAUGAUCAGCUGCCUGGAGCACAACGAGAGGGUGGAGGUCCCUAUGAUGUUGAGUCACCUGAGGCAGCAGAGGAUGCUCAUGGUCCAGACCAUUUCCCAGUACAAGUUUGUUUACCAGGUCCUCAUCCAGUUCCUCAAAAACUCCCGUCUCAUCUAAACCCUCACCUCUGACCCCUGACCCUUGACCUGCUCCCACAUGACCUGACACAAGGGCAAUGGAAUACUGGUGCCGCAAAUUACCCCCCUCCUCACACUGGAUAAGUGUGAGUAGCAUGGUGAUAGCCUCACUCAGCCCUCUGGUAUGGUAGGAGGAGUUUCUGCCUUUCUAUCUAGCCCUAUCAAGGACAGGGGAAAGUAGGUAUGUUUUCAGAUUUGAACACAGCCAGCGAUGACUAAUAUCUCCUAACAGUUAUUAUACAGUGUAUAUUUCAGACCUCCACAUUUAAUCUGAAAAGUGUUCAGUCAGUCUGUCUUCUUUAUCUUGGCUUUUCCUUUGUAUUAGUGAUAGCCUCUCCUAUGUCUGGUCAGUGGAGAAACCUGAGAGAGAUACAGACCAGACUAGCAUUCUAGAUGUUAGCGUUUAAAGUCACAUGCUAAAGGAUGAGUGUUGGUCGUUCCUUACCUGGGUUUAAACCAGGUAAACCCAGGAGACAAUUAUCUCAGCAUUUUCACAUGUAUUCCUUUAAAACAAAUCCUAAUUGAAUAACUUUUUUGAAUAUGGUUUCCCAUUUGAUAGUAAUGACAUUUCAAAUGUAAGGCUAAUGCACCCUUUGUUAAUCAAAGUGAACCGAAAUGUAUAAAAAGGUUAAUGACAUUGCAUUGUUUUUCAUUGAAUAUAAUGCAGAGCACUGUAUUAUUAAAAUGAAAAACUGUCAUUUAUUCCACUAAAUUAGAUGAUAAAGUUCCAUACAUUUCUCCAUUUAAAAAAAGCAAACAUUACAUAAAUGUUUUUUUCAGGUGUCACUUUAAAAAAACAGGAGAUGGCACUGUUGGCUGUUAUUUCAAGUUAUGUAGAAUCAUAUGUUUUUCUAAGCUGUCAUAAACCGUUCUAAAUCUAUGGGAAGGCAGACAAUUGUAAGAUACAGUGAAGACUUGUCUCAACAUUUCAAUAUUUAAUAUUGUUGUAUUUGUUUUUUUUUUACUUUUAUUUAUUUCUCCUAACACCAUCCUCAUCUUUUUCCUGAAUGUGGAUCAUUGGAGUGCAUGUUGACAGUCUGAUCGUCUUUGCAACUAAAUUAGUUAUGUGAACGUUUGAGGAGAAUAUGUCUAAAAUUGUUGUCUUAUGCUAGUAGUACAGUUAUUGCCCUUCAAGUAUUCCACUCUCCACUCACCUACUUCCAGAUAUUUCAAAUUCCUAAUUGUCUUGACUGGUAGUACAUCCUCAAGGUACAUCUAUUGUUCUUUUUCAUCCUCAGCCAUUACAGUAUGUUCAUAUACAGAGGCAUGUAAAAGACAUACAGUGAGGGAAAAAAGUAUUUGAUCCCCUGCUGAUUUUGUACGUUUGCCCACUGACAAAGAC